GUUACCUGGCAACAACCAGGCAAAAUCUGACAAACGCUCAAUUGAACUAACGUUAGUAAACAUUAGUUCAGAUACUCGAUUAUUCCUCUACAACUACUCUGUUCGACUUUGCAAAUGUGUCAAAAGUCAACUAUGGCUGGGGCAAACGCUAAGCCUGCUCUAAAAGACUGCGAACUAAAACAGUGCCUGCCACAAAUAUAUAAGGCAUUAUUGACAGCUUCAUGCCUGUCAUGUCCCAAUGACCCCAUACAGUUCCUGAAAAACACUCUUACGGCCUUCCAGGGACAUGACAGUCUUCAGGAUGUUGACUGGCACAAAUUUGUCGCUGAUGCAGAACAGCUUCCAGCAUCAACCUCUCUGACAGGCAGGAGUGUGGACUCUGCAUAUAUGGACCCAGAUGACAUCAAGAUGUCCCUUUGUCUCCUCGAAAAGGCCUACUGCUGCUACAGGAACAAUUUAACAAGCUCUUGCUUCAGGUAUGCCUACACUGUGUUUGAUGUUGGGGACAGGAAGUGGAAGAGGUUCACUGCCCAGAGCAAGAGAGAUACCGCAGAGCUGGCUCUGAAGAUGGACAUGGCAAAGAAGCAUCAUGAAAGGAAAUGCCAGCUGGUUGCACUUACUAAAUGGUUGAACUGGGUAAAACUACACAAGAAGACACAGGCCGUUGCCUUGGAAAAACUUGAGAGGCUUGUGAACGCUGGUCGUUUUAAGCGCAUCAUAGCUGCGUGGCGUGAUGUAGUAAAGGACUCCAAGAGGACAAAAGAGUAUUAUAAGAGGCUGGAAAUGGGCUCUAUAGAAAUUGUCAACAAAGUCAACCAGAUCGAGGAAGGAUGUGACGUACUCGCCAUGCUCCCUAACAACCUCUCACUGAAGAUCUUUCGGUAUUUAGAGUUGCGAGACUGGCUAAAUUGUGCUGAGGUGUGUUCGACAUGGAAGGCUCUCAUCCAGUCAGGCACAUUGUGGAGUCAGAUCAACUUCUCUGUGGAGAGGGACUGGAUAACAGAGGGCAAAAUGAAGCGGAUUCUGCAGAACUACCGCCCAUUUGUGAUCCAUCUCAACCUGCGUGGCUGCACAACUCUAACAGGGCCUAGCUUGAAAUGCAUCAGUGAAUGCAGAAAUCUCCAAGACCUUAAUUUGUCAGAGUGUUUUAAUGUUACCGAUGUUUUGCUUCAGAGAAUUGUCGAGGGAUGUCCCUGUCUGCUCUACUUGAACCUUUCUUGCACACUGAUAACAAACAAAACUCUUAGAGAACUGUCCAGGAACUGUCUAAACCUUCAAUACCUGAGUCUGGCCUACUGCUACAGAUUCACAGAUGAAGGGUUUCUGUACCUGGCCACAGAGAAGGGCUGCCACAAUCUCAUCCACCUCAACCUGUCCGGUUGCACUCAGAUGACUUUAAAUGGGUUCAGAUACAUUUCUGCCGGAUGCCCUUCACUCAAAGAGAUUGUUAUCGAUGACAUGCCCACUCUGUCUGAUAGCUGUGUAUUGGCUCUAACUGCGAGAUGUCACUGUCUAUGUGCCAUUUCGCUGCUGGAUGCUCCUCAUCUUUCCGACAUUGCAUUAGAGGCCAUCGCUGAAGUCGCUAAGCUGAGGACUUUCAGAACAGAGGGUAACAACCAACUAACAGACAACAGCUGGAAGGCUCUGUGCAGAAGCUCUCAAGGCCUCCGCAGACUCCACGCUGCAGAAUGCUCCAGGAUGACUGACGCCAGCCUCAAAUCUGUGGCCAGCCUCAAGAACCUGCACCACCUGGACAUCUCACUUUGUCACAAGGUGAGUGAUACUGGGAUACAGUAUCUGACAGAAGGUUCUUCAGCCACCAAACUGAGAGAGCUGAAUGUCAGUUACUGCAGUCACAUCACUGACAGAUCUGUCAUGAUGAUUGCACAAAGGUUGUGUAAACUCUACCAUCUCAACUUGAGUUAUUGUGAGAGUCUGACUGAUAUGAGUCUGGAGUGGCUGAGUGGCAGCUCUGUCUGCUCUCUUGAUAUCAGCGGUUGCAACAUCCAGGAUCAGGGAUUGGCAGCUCUUGAAGGAAUUUGCUUGAAGAAGUUCAUUGUUGCAGAGUGCGUCUAUAUCACCGAUAUUGGCAUGGAGAAGCUGUGCAAGAACGUGAGAGAUCUGGAACAUGUUGAUGUGUCUCACUGUGUAGCUCUGUCAGACCCGGCCAUCAGAGCCAUUUCAUUUUACUGCAGAGGUCUAGUCACGCUGCGGAUGUCAGGGUGUGCAAAGAUGACAGAUAUGGCUGUGCAGUAUCUGACAAGUGGAUCUCAGUACCUGCGAGAACUUGAUGUUAGUGGCUGUGUUCUUCUCACGGAUCGCAGUCUCCGACACAUAGAGAGGAUCUGUCCUCCACUCUGCUCCAUCACUAUGGCCUACUGCAGCAGCAUCUCAAAGGUGGCCGCCCUAAAGCUUAGGCCACGUGUGAAGCACUGGGAGCACAGCAAUGAUGACCCUCCAUGGUUUGGAUACAACAUCAGCUAAAUAGUACAUCCAAUCACAAGACCCAUCAAGACUGACAACACCUGGGAAGUAGUGGAACAGCAUUCAGUGAUGACAAGAGCAGCAAGUACAGAGAGAUAAACAGAUCUAAUUAGAGCCCACUGCAAUCACAGCCACCAUCAUUUUUGGGACAUUAUUUAAAAACCUAUUAAGAGCAUCUAAACAAACUCUUUAAUGAAACACCUAAAAUAAUCCACACAAAAAUGAUUGGUGGCUCGCAUGGUUAACUAGAGAGGCACUCAACAAGCGCAGAUUUACGUCAUAUUAUAGGUAUUAAGUCAUUUGUGCAUCUACUCCAUGAUUCUGUACCGCUCAGCAAUGUAUGUAUGGUUCUUUCUUGGCCCAUUAACCGUCCACAGAGUUUCAUGAAAAUCAGACCAGCACCAAACAUAACCUUGCUGGCAGAGGUAAAACUACUAAUUUACUGGUCAAUAAUGAAUAAAAACGUUCCUGUCUGGAUUGACGAAUGCCCAUGCAGUUUCACCGCCGGAUUGACACUUUUUGUUUCAUCAACUGUUGACAGUGGAAAGUCCUCUGCUUUUUGAGUUUGAUGCACUAAAUCUCUUUCUUCAAUAACAUUUGUAACACAUUUAUUUUUACUCUGACAGACUCAAGAAGGUUAAGUAAAUUACCAGUGCAUAAACAUUUUAGAUUUCCUCUUUAUUACCACCAUACAGUUUGGGGUCUUUUAUAAUUCCAGUCCCCUGUAUUAUAUUGUUUUACCUCUAUUAUGUUGUAUAUUUUCAUUUAUAUAAAAAAAUCAUAACUGUGUAUCACUCCCGAUACGUUUUAAGUCUGAAUUCUGGAAAAUGUUAAUGGAUUUUGUUCAAAGCUUAAAGCUAAAUAGUCCAGUGUUGGUGUUCACUUUUGAUUUUUAGAUGGCUUUGUCUUAAAAUUAGGAAUUUUGUUUUAAAAUGACAUAUACAGUAUAUAUAUAAACCUAUGGCUGAACCACAACUCUACUAUCAUUGGAUUAUUUAGUAAGGAUAACGGCAACAAAACAAUCUAGUGUGUGGAUGCAAAAGUUGGCUAUGCAGCAAUAAGACAUCAUGGUGUCUAUUUAUUUGAGAUUUUAAACCUUUUGAAAUGUGAUCAUUUAUUUAUUUUAUCAUUUCUACCUUUUGUGAUUAACGUCUGUCCAUGCAGUGCACCAAGUGUUUCUUCCUUAUACAGAAACAUUGUUCAUUUAUACUUUUUUAAAUUUAAAAAAAGUGUACUCUCAUUCUACAAUAUUGGUUUAUCAUUUUUUUUAUACAACACUUUGUAGUUUGCUUUUCUAUUGUUUCAGAAGGUAUGUGUGGAUGUUCUUUAACACUAUACAUUAAUUAUUGCUAUUAUAACAUAUACUUACUGCUUCAAUAAAUUGUCUUAGUUAUUAACUUCCAUUGGCCAGAUCAAUACCAGAUUCAAAUUUAGAUGGUCUAAUUUUGUUAUUUAAGUGUCUAAACUUAACUAUUGAUGAAUAAAAGACUUGCAAUGCU